AUGAGGAGGUUACCUGGGCCCUUGUUGGCGACUACACCCUUCAAAGCGCGGCCGCCGAGAGCUUUUCGAAGCCCUCGAAACGCACCAUGGCCGCCUACCACCCCAGUUAAGACCGGUCUCCGGUCUCUGUCGACCACGACGGACGAUGCCGACCACCAGAAACCGCGAUCGCAUCCCUUUCGCUUCGAGACCGGAGUAUCACUAUUCGCGAAACGACCCCCGAGACCUUUUCCCCCGCCCUUCCUCUCUCCUCCCUCCGGUUCCUUCUCCGAUCCUCUCAGCACCCACCACCGGAGCCGCGAUCGGCGCGCAAGAGUUGACGGCCAGAUCAUUCUCGGGCAGACGAACGGAGACGAUGCGGUUUUUGCGAGCGACAACUUUAUAUGUGCGAACGAUGGGGUCGGCGCGUGGUCGACGCGGCCUCGGGGACAUGCUGGGCUGUGGUCGCGCUUGAUUCUUCACUACUGGGCAACGGCGAUUCAGCAGGACGCUACGAACGAGGGGGAUCGUUUCAACCCCAACCCGGUGGCGUAUCUCCAGACGGCCUACGAGCAGACUCUGAAAGCGACAUCGGACCCGAAUGACUGGCAAGGGACCACGACAGCGAGCGGAGCACUCCUGCACUACAAAACUCUGGACGGCAGCAAGCAAGUGCCCCAAGUCUACGUGACGAACCUGGGCGACUGCCAGGUCAUGAUCCUCCGGCCUCGACACGAGAAGGUAGUCUACAAGACCAAGGAACAGUGGCACUGGUUCGACUGCCCCCGCCAGCUGGGAACCAAUAGCCCAGACACCCCAGAGAAGAACGCUGUCAUGGAUGUGGUGGAGAUACAGGAGGGAGACGUGGUUUUGGCCAUGUCGGACGGGGUCAUUGACAAUCUGUGGGAGCACGAGAUCAUCGGCAGCAUCCAGAACAGUAUACAACGCUGGGAAAAUGGCGAAGGAGGAGGGGACCGAGUCGAAGGCGACAGGACGGGCGGUGCGAACGGAGGCAUGAAGCUCGCUGCCGAGGAGCUAGUGGCCGCGGCGAAGAAGAUCGCGACUGACCCCUUUGCCGAAAGCCCAUUCAUGGAGCACGCGAUUGAGGAGGGCCUGCCCACGGAGGGAGUCGAGCACGUCAACACCUCGCCGCACAACGCCAAAAUGCGCGGAAAACGUAGCAAGCAGUAUCGCAAGCUGAUGAAUCAGUACUCCCUGACUUGGGGUUUCCGCGAACCGUACCAAUGCCUCGUCGAUGCUGAGAUCGUGGCGGAUACCCAGAAGGCCAAGUACGACCUGCUUGCCGGCCUCGAACGCACACUGCACGGCAAGGUCAAGCCCAUGAUCACACAAUGCGAGAUCCGCAAGCUGUACCUCCGUAAGAGCGAGCCCGGAAUGAACCACAUUAUCGACUUCGCGAAGACGCUCGAGCGACGACGAUGCGGCCACCUUCCGGAGGACUACCCCGAACCUCUGAGCACGAUGGACUGCUUCAAGGCCGUCGUCGACCCGAAGGGAACGCUGGUCAACAAGCACCGUUACUGCGUCGCCAGCCAGUCGAGCGACGUCCGCCGCAUGCUCCGCGAGAUCCCGGGCGUGCCCCAGAUCUACAUCAAGCGCUCGGUCAUGAUCCUCGAGCCGAUGGCGACGGACAGUCAGGAGAUUAGGGCCAAGGAGGAAAAGAGCAAGUUCCGCGACGGACUGAUCAGGCCCGAGAGGAAGAGGAAGCGCGAAGAUGACGAGGGGGAGAAGGAGGAGGAGGAGGACAAGGGCGAUGCGGCAUCGGCCGACGGAAAGACGGAAAAGAAGAAGGCGAAGAAGAGGGGGCCGAAGGGGCCGAACCCGUUGGCCGUGAAGAAGGCGAAGAAAGCCACGGACGGGGAACAAAAGCCGAAGCCUUCGACGACGGGUGAAGGCGGCGAGGGAGACGCGACCGCGAAGAAGAAGCGCAAGAGGAGACACAAAGGCAAUGCGGAGGGCGCCACCGAGAGCAGCGAAGCUGUGCCAGCGAGUGCGUCAGCGGAGCAGGCGGAUGGAAGCGCGUAG